GGCAUUUUACAAAUUAAUUUAAAUUCACACUUCAAAACUGUUAUUAUAACUAUUAGGUAAUAAUAGGAUUCGAAACUGGUUUUGUUCCACCAAAUAUUAAUUAUACAUCGCCAAGGAAAGAUAUAGAUGCCUUAUUAAAUGGGAGCAUUCGUGUCAUCCAAGAACAAAUGCCACUCAAAAACGGUUGUGUAGGAAUCAAUUGUUACGGUUUUGGAGGAUCAAACGCUCAUAUGUUAUUGAAGUGGAAUCCCAAACAGAAAAUUAAUAAUGGAGCACCAAAUGAUGAUUUACCUAGACUUGUCAUAUUAUCUGGACGUACUGAAGAAUCUGUGAAGUUAUUUUUAAAUGAUAUUGCUAACCAUCCAAUAGAUGUAGAAUAUAUUCGCCUGUUACAUGAUAUUCAUGCAGACAAUAUAACGGGUCAUCCAUGGAGAGGGUAUAUAAUAUUGAAUUCUUUUCAACAAGAUUCAAUAAAGGAAAUCCGAAAUUAUGAAGGCUUGAAUAGACCUGUCUGGUUUAUAUUUUCAGCCUUAGGUUCGCACUGGCCAGGAAUGGGUCAAAACUUAUUAAAGUUCCAUGUCUUUGCUAAAGCGAUAAGAAAGUGCGAUGAUAUUUUAAAGCCGUAUGGUAUAAGUAUCAUAGACAUUAUGACAAAAAUGGAAGAAA